GUCCUGCAGCAACAAGCAAAUAGCUUUUUCUAGGAAUGCAUUAAAGGUUAUCACAAUAUGCAUUCUAGUUUAAGGCGUAACAACAAGAGGUCUCUGUUUAAGUCUUCUUCACUGGAUAGUGGAUUGUUGGAGAUUACUGAUCUACUGGGCCAAUCAGAGAUGCUUAUUGUGCCGGCUAAUCACGUGAUCAAAUCGACAAUCCAGUGUUUAUAUAGAUCUCAAUGAAGAACUCGCCAACAUAACCCCAAAUUAUUUUCUACCUAUUAAAGACAAACUUGGAGCUUUUAUAACUUAAAAAGAUGGCUUUACAAGCUGCAACUAAAACGUUUAUGUUGUUAGGAGAAUGCGUGCCAUGUGUGAAACAAAACGCAUCAAAAUUUCGUAUUAAACGUUUAGAACUAGAUCAAAACCUCCUCAUGUAUUUUCGAAAAGACGACUUCAUUUAUGCUCAUGAUCCCGAAAAAGUGUGCAAAACCGGCGAUAUUGUCCUAAUACAAAAACUGCCCAACAAAAUGACCAGACUCAUCACUCAUGAAGUAAAAGAAGUUGUCUACAAGUUAGGAGACAUUACAGAUCCACUCACUGGCAAGAAAGUUGUGGCAGGAAAGUUCAGAGAUCAUGUGGAGACUGUCAACAAAGUCUAUGGCAAGAAAUCAACUGCAUUUGACUAUGAGAAAGCACCCCAGAGAGGAUGGCAAGAGGACAAAAAGGAUUACACCCACAGGGAAACUUAUAUCAAAUACCAUGAGGAUGGUACAGACCAGCCUUACUCUGUAUAAUGUUAUGGUUUGCAACUAGUCAAAAAUAUCCAUUAGUUACUUAUUAAAUUCUUCAAAUUUAA